UUUUGAAGAGUUUUUGGCGAGUUAGCACUAUUUCGGUGUUCCACUGCUAAAAGAAAGCAGUAAUACACUUGACAUUUUUUCUCUCUUUUAAGGCAAACCAAUUACAUCCCAUACAAACCUUUAUAAAUAACCAUUUGUAACACUAUACCACUCAAACCAACAGUCACGUCUGCAUUUCUAGUAGUGAGCUUGGACUGCCUGUGGGCCAUACUGAGCACGUGGUCAUCUACUACCUCAAGGAUCGUGGAGGGCACGAAAUUUAUGAACAGGCCGAAUUUUUGAACAGAAAAAAAUAAGCGAUCAUGGUUAACAGGAAACCAAGAUAAAAAUAUACUUACACGACACUGCUGAGGGACAGGGGUCUUCCUUUUUCUUUUCCUGCUUCCUAGCUCUUGUCCUGAAUUUGAAGAGCUCUCUAUUUUUGCACCGAGUUCUGCGAGGAUGCAUUUCUGCUCGUUGUCGCGCGCUUCCAGCUCCUCUCGAAGACGCACGUUUUCAGCGAUAACCCUCUCUAGCAAAACAACGUAUUGAUCUUCCAUUUUGCGGAUGAAGAACGUUAACGAUCACGAAGCAAAAAGGAUAAAUGAACUGAAAAAAGGACGCUCACAACCGGAAACAUCACAAUGAAAUGGCCUUUAAUCACGCCGACAAAAGGGCCCGCCGUGUUCCCGCCAGUAGACGAGAUGUACUGAUUGGCUUUCUUCCACAAAAACGGUAGGUGAUUGGCUGAAGUAGUUUACUCUAACCCAGUAUCUUCUCGGUCAAAAAGAAAGUUGACAUGCGUAGUGUUGUCCUGUUUGUUACAUACGUUCGGCGCAAAUGACAAAAUUUCGGUAGUUCACGAUUUGGAAGAUGUCUUUAUGGAGUCAGUCUCGCUUGAGAAAACAAUCUAGACUAUGGUGUGGCCAUUGCAAUGAAUACUUAUCGAGAGCAGCUUUCUGGAAACAUCGUAAAGCUCAUUACAAUGUGCACAGUCAACGUUGGACGACUAUAAAAGAUGACGCUGAAAAUGUUGAACAAGAAGCAAAGAGAGGAAAGUAUGAUCCAGAGUUCCACGAAGAACCGGACCUAUCUGAUUCUUCAGGUGACGAGGAUCUUGAGACAGCUAUAUUUAAUCGAGGUUCUACCCAAGUUGAUGAUUGUGAGGAUUCAUUUUAUUGAUGACACCAACCUUGAGGUUACCCAAGAAAUUGAAAGAGGUGUCAGAGCAACAUCAGCUUUCAAAGAGGAUGAUCCUGUCAUAUUAGAGUAAACUAAAGUCUCCUCGAAUAACCCUCAGACAGUCUUCACACACUGAAGCCAAAAAAAGGAGGUUGGAAGCAAAUACACAUAAUUGGUGUCAAGUAUGGAAAAUUAAAACUCACAUGACCAAGUUGUGAUUGGUUUAGGUUUUGCAUCUGAUUGGUUGAUAGCUGGUGUGGGUUUUUUAAACCAAUCACAGA